ACCGACAUUUCAGCGCCGAUAUUGAGGGGAGAAAGUCGGCCGGGUAUGCAGUUCUACCUUGGCACGGAGAUGUUCAAGAUGGAAUGUGAUCGCGGUGCAAGGUCCCAUCCGUGCGUUGCAGCUCGGGCUUUUAUCGGUGGAACGUCUCACUCAACCUACCAAAUAUUAGAUUCCCGUAUUUGUGAGACAUAGCAUACAGCUGCCAAGUGAGCGCGGAUAUGACUUCGUCGACAAAUGGGGAAACGUAUUAUUUAAGGGGUAGACUUCGCACCCAUCGACGAAAGGGACGCGACUGCAAUCUACUUCGCGUUCACCACAAGUCACCCACAAGCUUCCAACUCGAUAUUAUGAGGUCCUUUACUCUUCCUGCCAUAAUCGUUGGCCUCUCUAGUGUCACAUCGGCCGUUCUUACAUCCCUGACCGGAAGUCAGGUCGGCCCUGGUCUCCAUGCAAGGCAACUAUUCGGCCAGAGCGGCGUCUUCGGCCAAGGGGACAACCUUGUCAGCAACAUCUUUGACGGCGCUGCCUGCGUCGUCAGCAGUGUGAUCGGCGGCGGUAACCCGAGAUGCCGCGGCAAAGGCUCAUCAACUGUCAAGCCUGAUGACGUACAAGGCGACAGAGAGCAAUGGUCAAAUGGUUAUACCUAUACGUAUGAUGCGAACGAAGACGGGACUCUCAUGGUCACAAUUUCGCUGCAGAAUGGAGGACAUUGCACCUAUAACUUGAAGGCCGAUGGGAAGUCUGUCGCGGAUGUCAUCAGUGCUGCAGCUAAGAGGUGCUUCGAUGAGAAGUAGAUAUCUACUUAGAUGUUACGUUCCAAGUAGGAUAACUGUGAAGCCGCCUCUGUUGAGCACCGCGCCAUAAGACGAGUCCCACGCGGUUAUGUGUGAGGGUUUUGGCCCUUUCGGGCCGAGAAUCCUCACGGCGAGCUUCAGAUUGUCAGCUCGUCCCCGUAGAAUGACCACAGAUCCCGGGACGAAGCCCUAGCUGCACUGCUUUCCCGCUGCGACAUCCGAUGAUAGCGCGAGUUCCAGGGUGGCGAUCAACGCAACUGUCACCACUGAAUUGAACAAUGUGGAUUUUUUUCUUGUUAAGGUACAAAAAAGAAGACUGUCCUUUCUGCGGACCAGGGGUACUUACAUCUGUGGGCCUGCAGAAUCCUCAUUUGAUGCAUUCAUUCUCUA